CAACACCCCUACAGAGCUCCUAUCCAACUGGAGAAAAGUCCUGACAGCCCUAGAUAAAUGUGAUCUCCGUCUCGCAGCCAAGAAAACCAUAAUUUCUCCUGUUUCAACUACCAUCCUUGGCUGGAUAUGGUCUCGCGGCUCAAUUCGUGCCUCUCCCCAUCGUAUAGCAGCCCUCUCUUCCUGCACCCCUCCAAAAACAGUCCGAGAUCUUCGCGCUUUCAUUGGAUCCUACAAAAUGCUCAGCCGUGUUAUUGAAGGUUCAGCUUCCAUCCUCGCCCCCCUCGAGAGUAUUACCGCCGGCAACCAAUCAAGCAGCCCUGUGGUUUGGUCUGAGUCUCUUACAACCUCCUUCUACCACGCUCAAGAAGCACUUUCAUCCAACAAGUCCAUUGUGAUCCCAAAACCUGAAGACCUACUUUGGAUUGUUACUGACGGCUCUGUGAAGAUGAAUGGUCUCGGUGCCACACUCUAUGCCCUUCGUGACAACAAAUUACUUCUUGCUGGUUUCUUCAGCGCAAAGACCAGAAAACAUCAAGUUACUUGGCUCCCCUGCGAAGUUGAAGCACUGUCCAUCGCGUCUGCCAUCAAACAUUUUGCUCCUUAUAUCAUCCAGUCCAAGUUCCAAACCUGUGUGCUGACCGACAGCAAACCCUGCGUCCAGUCUUUCGAGAAACUGUGCCGUGGCCAGUUCUCCGCCAGCCCACGUGUUACCACCUUCCUUUCCACCGCCAGCCGAUACCAGAUAUCUCUCCGUCACCUUUCUGGCUCUGCCAACCUGCCAUCCGACUUCGCAAGCCGCAACGCACCACCCUGUGAUGACCCUCGUUGUCAGAUUUGUUCCUUCAUCUCUAAAGCUGAAGACUCUGUGGUUCGCCCAAUUUCCGUCCAUGACGUCCUCUCUGGCGCUGUUACUCUUCCCUUCACCACUCGUUCUGCAUGGUUACAAACCCAACAAGAAUGUCCCGACCUACGCCGUGCCCACUCUCAUCUCAAGCAGGGUACCCGUCCAUCCAAGAAGUCCACCAAUAUUAAGGAUGUCAAGCGCUAUCUCAAUGUUGCCUCUCUGUCUAGAGACGGUCUAGUGGUCGUUAGAAAAGAAGAGCCCUUUUCUCCCUCCCGCGAAUGUAUCAUCGUCCCACGCCCUGUCAUAGACGGCCUGCUUACGGCACUCCACGUCAAACUUAACCACCCUUCUCGACACCAGCUCAAACAAGUCGUCCUUCGCUAUUUCUACGCAUUGGACCUUGAUAAAGCCCUAGACCGGUGCUCACAGUCAUGCCACAUUUGUGCCUCACUUCAGAAGAUUCCCAACUGUUUGAUUGAACAGUCCACAUCGGACCCUCCUGAUGCAGUUGGCCUUUCAUUCGCGGCCGAUGUAAUGAAGAGAAACAAACAGCUCAUCCUGGUCGUUCGCGAGACAACUACUUCGUUUACCACGUCCUGCAUAAUAGAAAAUGAACGCCAUGAUACUCUCCGUGCUAGCCUCAUUUUCCUCUGCCUUGAGCUACGCCCAAUAUCUGGCCCACGCGCAGUAAUCAGAGUCGAUCCAGCUCCCGGAUUUGCUUCCCUAUCCAACGACGAGGAAUUGCGACGACAUAAAAUUACCGUUGAGAUUGGUCGCGUAAAGAACGUGAACAAGAACCCCGUGGCCGAGAAAUGCAUUGCUGAGCUCGGUGAUGAACUGUUGCGCGUCUCUCCAGAAGGUGGUGCCGUCUCCCCUGUAACACUAGCGAUUGCCACGGCAAACCUGAAUACUCGUAUUCGUGACAGAGGUCUAUCUGCCCGUGAAAUGUGGUACCAGCGUGACCAGUUUACGAAUUCGCAACUUCCCAUCUCCGACCUACACCUAAUCAGAGAACAGCACUCUCACCGUAUACAUAAUCACCCUGCCAGUGAGAAGUCUAAAACCCCCAGUGGUCAACGCCGAGCAUCGCCCGCCCUUCAAGUUGGUGACCUGGUAUAUAUCACUUCGGAUGGCUCCAAAACUCGUGCACGAGAUCGAUACUUGGUUGUGUCAAUUGAUGGGUCGUGGUGUAAUGUACGCAAGUUUGCUGGUUCCCAACUCCGAUCCUCGCCAUAUCGCAUCAAGUUAUCAGAGUGCUUUCUUGUCACCAACAAUUUCACUGCUCCACCUCCAAGUCCUCGUCUCCACCAACCUCACAAGUACACUCCAGCUGCUGAACCCAAGCCUCCCUGUCCACCUCGAGUCCCGGAAAAGUUAUCCCUUCCACCCUACAACGAUGAUUGUGUUUUACCCUCAUCUCACACCACUUGUUUCCCUGGUCCUGAUUACAAACAUUCCCCGUCUAACUCUUAUAAAGCUGAUGAGCUCACGACUAGUCUUCCUAGCCCCUGCCAGUCACCCUCCACCCCCGCUGCAUCCGAAGAUUCACCUGCCCCUCGACGCUCCAGUCGCCAACGCCAUUCUCCCGUUCACCUGCAAGACUUUGUUACAUAAUUGAACGUUUACAUAUAGCUUAAAUUUAUAUUGGUUUACACUAACACUCUCGGAACAAUAUGUAGAGAAAAACAGACAAAAAGUAGUCACGCCAUAGUGUGGCUUUUAGUUGUUAUUGUUGUUAGUAAAGAUCACAUGCGCCUGCGAUGUUGUUCGCGCCUAGGCGACCUUUACUUCAUGUUAGUAUACUCUUGUGGCUUGUCUUGGCCUCGUUGUUGUUUUAUUCAUAACAUAGUAUUAAAGACUACCAUUUAAAGUCGUCGUUUUAGCUUCGCUGUCGAGUGCCCUCCUAAACAUUGGCGCUUAUCUUAUAUAGACGCCCUGCUUCCACACAGCAAAAAAAUUGUCCACA